AUGACCACACAACCCCAACCCGCAUUCUCCUCAACCUACGUCCCCGAGCAAGGAACCGCAGACCUAUCUCCCCUCCUCCUCUCCAACGGCGGGAAAUGGAUUCUAACCCCCACCGGCGCCGGCAUCGAGCGCGCCUUCAAAUUCAAGGGCUUUAAGAAAUGCUGGGAAUUCAUGAACCAAAUAGCCCCCGAAUGCGUAAAGCAGAAACACCAUCCGGAGUGGUCUAAUGUGUACAACACGACGUAUAUACGCUGGACGACGCAUUCGCCGCCUGGGUUAUCGGAGAAAGAUGUUUUGAUGGCGAGGUUCUGUGAUGAGAGGGCGAGGGAAUGUGGGGAGGUUGAGGGGGAGGGGAAGGGGGAAACAGGUGGGGUGGGAAAGGAGUUGGUGGAUCGAGUUGCGAGUGAGGGGGGUGAUUGUUGUGUGCCGAAGGGGACUUCGAAGGUGUAG